AUGACGAUAAGAGCUUUUGGGGAGGAGGAACGAUUCUUCGUAAAGAAUCUUGACCUCAUUGAUAUAAAUGCCAGCCCAUUUUUCCACUGUUUUGCAGCAAAUGAGUGGUUGAUCGAACGGCUUGGAGUACUUACUGCAGUUGUUCUCUCCUCAUCAGCACUCUGCAUGGUUUUGCUUCCUCCUGGAACUUUCAGCUCUGGUGGGUGGAUUUGUUGGAACGGCAUUGUCUUAUGGUCUCUCAUUAAACAUGUCCCUUGUUUUUUCCAUUCAAAACCAGUGUACUCUAGCAAACCUCAUUAUCUCUGUAGAAAGGCUCAACAAAAAGACAUGCACAUUCCAAGUGAAGCACCUGAAGUAAUCGAAGCGAAUUGCCCCCCGACCAACUGGCCAAUAGUUGGUAAAGUCGAGAUUCAAGAUUUGAAGAUCAGGUAUAGGCCUGAUGCGCCAAUCGUUCUUCGUGGAAUAACUUGCACAUUUGAAGGAGGGCACAAAAUUGGUAUCGUUGGAAGGACUGGUAGUGAGAAGUCUACACUGAUCGGUGCUUUGUUUCGUCUGGUGGAGCCUGCAGGGGGCAAGAUUGUCAUAGAUGAGAUUGAUAUUUCUACCCUCGGACUUCAUGAUUUGAGGUCGCGGUUUGGGAUUAUACCUCAGGAUCCUACUCUUUUUAAUGGGACUCUGAGAUAUAAUUUGGAUCCAUUGGGUCAGCAUACUGAUCAGGAAAUAUGGGAGGUUCUUGGAAAAUGUCAGCUUGGAGAGGUUGUUCAGGAGAAAGAAGCGGGCUUGGACUUGAUGGUUGUGCAGGAUGGUUCAAAUUGGAGCAUGGGACAAAGGAAAUUGUUUUGUUUGGGCCGUGCCCUCUUGAGGAGAAGCAAGAUAUUGGUGCUCGAUGAAGCGACUGCCUCAAUCGACAACGCAACAAACUUAAUUUUGCAGAGAACCAUUAGGAUCGAAUUUGCUGAUUGCAUUGUGAUCACAGUAGCCCAUAGAAUACCAACCGUUAUGGAUAGCACCAUGGUUCUGGCCAUCGGCGAUGAGUAUGACGAGCCAUUGAAGCUGACGAAGCGAGAAAAUUCACUGUUUGGGCAACUUGUGAAGGAAUACUGGUCUCAUUAUCAGUCUGCAGAGUCACAUUGA